AUGGAGAUACAGGUGAUCCUGCUGUCUCUGCUCGGGGCCGUACUUCUCACCCUGCUCAUCGCCGUGUUCCUGCUCUCUCCAACAAGGCAUCGCCCAGCCGCACAGCGACACGUAACGGCCCAGGUCCUGGUGCUGGGAGAUAUCGGCCGCAGCCCUCGCAUGCAAUACCACGCACACAGCAUCGCCAAGCAUGGAGGGACAGUCGAGCUGAUAGGCUACCAUGAGUCGGCACUCUUGCCCGCCCUUACCAAGCUCCCGAAUGUGACCGUCUGCGCAUUGGGCGCCCCGCCAGCCGUUCUGAGGUCCAAGUCUGCACCAUUCCUCGUCACCGGGCCGCUCAAGGUGCUGUGGCAGGUUUCCAAUCUAUUUCACGUUCUAUUGUACAAGACGCAGCCGGCACAAUGGCUGCUUGUUCAGAACCCGCCCUCAAUACCAACCCUGGCUGUGGCCUGGCUGACAUGCGCCGCCCGCAACACACGCCUCGUCAUAGACUGGCACAACUAUGGCUGGACAAUCCUUGAGGGCACCCGUGGGUCCUCCCACCCCUUCGUCCGCAUAUCAAAGCUCUACGAGUGCUUCUUCGGCCGCCUUGCGCCCUCGGCCAACCUGACCGUCACCCACGCCAUGAAGCGACAGCUUCAGAAGGCGCCGUGGGGCAUCCGCUCCCCCAUCGUGACGAUGCACGACCGCCCCGCCGCUAUCUUCCAGCCCGUCGCCUCCUCGAGCCAGCGGGAGUCGUACCUCUCAGCCGUCGACGAGGCACGCGACUUCGCCAGCGCCGUCGUGGGGGGCCAGCACAGACUCGUCGUGAGCAGCACGUCCUGGACGCCCGACGAGGACUUCGGCCUGCUUCUCGAGGCGCUGGUGCGGUACGGCGCCGCUUCCGCCUCCGCCCCCGCCUCCGCCACCGGAAGCUCGCAGCCACCCUUGCUCGUCAUAAUCACGGGGCGCGGGCCGCAGAAGGCAGCGUACGAGGCCAAGAUCGCCAGGCUCGCCUCCGAGGGAAAGCUGCCUGGCAUCACGGUGCGCACGGCGUUCCUCACGUUCGAGAACUACGCGCACCUCCUGGCCGCCGCGGACCUGGGCAUCUGCCUGCACAUGAGCAGCUCCGGCGUCGACCUGCCCAUGAAGGUGGUGGACAUGUUCGGCGCGGGCCUGCCGGUGCUGGCGUACUCGGGCUACGAGAGCUUUAGCGAGCUGGUCAGGGAGGGCGAGAACGGGUGUGGCUUCGAGACGUCGGCCGAGCUCGGCGAUGCCAUGUCGCGGCUGUUGGGCGCCGAGGGGCAGGGCGAGCUGGCGAGGCUCAGGGAGGGUGCCGUCAGAGAGGGUCGCCGCCGGUGGGACGAGGAAUGGGAUCAAGUCGUGAAGCCUCUCCUGGGGUUCUCUCGGAAUGAGGGCACCCGCUCGGAAUGA